AUGCCACCUCGUAUACCAACAGUCUCAGCAAACGGCUAUAGGUCAUUCAACCUUACAUCACUGCUUCAAGCUCUUCCGAGACAGUCCGACACGCUCACUCCAUGUUCAGCAUGUCUUUUCUCAACCACUGCAUCAAUACAGAUGAAGAGAGGAGGAAAGAGGAAGCCCAAUCAACGCCUCGAUCCCUACCGUGUCGAGCAGGCUAGACAGCGCAAGGCAGCCAACAUCGAGAAGCGAUACAAGCUUCAAGCCGAACGAGCAGCAGCUCUAGGUGAUCCAGUUCGCAGCAAGCCAACCCCUUUCCUCACAUCUCUGAACCUCGUUCAAGCUACACAGCCUGGACAAGCAGCUGGUUCGCCAACUGGAGACACCUACCCGAAUUACCAGCUCAAUUCAAGAGAAGCCGAAGAACAGAUUGCUCACAGCAAGUGGUUAACAGAGCCGUUGGAGAGUCAAGUCAACGACAAACAAGCAUAUGAGAAACGAGCCGCUCAGCAUGAGGCACACCAUCAAAACGCGACAGCGGCUAUUGAAAGAAUCACAAAUCUGGGAAACAGCAGUAGCGGUGACAGAACGAGGUUGAACAUUCAAAGAUGCAUAGACACAUUUGGAAGACACACCACUGAUACUCUAUUGCCGCCAAAGCCUUCAAGUCUAGGCCCUACCAAGUCUUCUUCUACCAUGUCCGAGCUUCUGGACGAACCGCUGAGCGUAGAAGAGGCAGAACGACAACGACUUCUAUCCGAGCUUGCAAGCAUACCAAAACGUAGUGGUCCCGACACAGGUUCCUCAGAGGUGCAAAUCGCUAUCCUGACCACCAAGAUCAAUGUGCUUGCACAGAAUUUGCAGGGAGCAGACAAGCACAAUAAGCGUGAGUUGAGGUUGCUGGUACACAAACGACAGAAGCUGUUGAAGUAUCUCAGGAAAAAGGAAAGAGGUGGUCCAAGAUGGCAGAAUAUUGUGGAUAAUCUGGGCAUAAACGAUGCCAUGUGGAAAGGGGAGAUUACUUUGGCAUAA